CGGGAUCGAAGUCACCGAUCAUGAAUUUAGUUCUACCGUUGUGUUUAAAGCGCACCCAACAUGUCAGCCUCCAGUGGAACGUUUGUUGAUCCAGAUAAAAAACCUUGUCGAACAUGUGUAGACGUUGAAACUUGGUUUAAGGGGACAGGAGGAACAGAAAAGGAAGGGGGUCCAAGAAGGAGAAGAAAACCUGUAAUCAAGGAAUGUCCACUAUAUGGAGAUGAAUUGGGUAGGAACACCUGGUCAUUCCUGCAUACUACAGCUGCUUUAUAUCCAGACAAUCCAACAACAGAACAACAAACCGACAUGAAACAAUUCAUACAUCUCUUCUCAAAAUUCUAUCCCUGUGAAUAUUGUGCAGAAGAUUUGAGAGAAAAUUUGAAGACAAAUACUCCAGAUACCUCCAAUCAAUUCAAUUUCUCCCAAUGGAUGUGUAGGUUACAUAAUGAUGUAAACAAAAAGUUAGGAAAGGCGAUUUUUGAUUGCAGUAAAGUAAAUGAACGUUGGAGAGAUGGUUGGAAAGAUGGGAGUUGUGAUUGAUGAAGGUCAAGGUUUAGGUUCCAAGCCAUCUGUGAUUCAUUAACUGUUUUUAUAUAGAUUUUUUUUUUAUUAAAUAUCAAUUGAGGUCAAUAAAUGGCUUCAUGAAAUUGUUAUAUUGUAGAUGCACUAAUAUUCAUGGACACCCAAUUUUCAUAGGUGGAGGUUAAAUUGUAUAUUAGUGUAAACAAUGUUUUUGUGGUUUUGACGAAUUCUACAAAAAUAUUAAAUUU